CACCGUAAGUCACCGUAGAUAGACGGCCGCCGUCAGUCGCCCGUAGAGUACGCGCGCUCGCCGCCAAAGUCUAGAGCGGGUUUCGCGCGCGCAUCUAGUUGGAACAGCCCCGGCCUACCGUUCGGACCGACGCCGUAUUGAUCGCGUCCAGGCUCAUCUGUCUCAAUGUUUAUAAACAGCCGGCCGCUUCAAUUUGUUCCCUCUUGGUUUUACGUGGCGGCCGACGAUCUGGACGGUUGCACCUGAUUGCACUACUCGUGUCCGCACACCGGCCGGCAUCAGUGCACGUAUAUCUCACUUGUGUCAAAGUGUUUUAAUACGGACAUUAAAAUAAACUAGUUCGCAUCAAAAUGGACACCAACACAUAAGUUGCGAGUGAGAGUUUUGAAGUUUUAAGACUUUGAGCACAGCAACAAUGCUGUCCUACAUCGUGCCGGUGGAUCAGAAGCCUCCGCCAGUUCCUGGAAAGGGCCGAAUGGCACUCGAACUGGUCGGGAGCCCCGGCAGUCCCGAGUCAGCAGCCAGGAGGGCCAGGACUAAUAUAUCCAAAGAAUCGUCCACUAGCUCCUUCACGAGCGAUCUCACCAUAUCCUCAUCGACUCCUACUGGAGUUUUUGACAAACCAAAGCACAAGCUGCUGAGCAAUGGUACCAAACAUACAUCGUUGAAAAGGGUAUCAUUUGGCAGUUCAAAGGGGUCCAUGGUGGAAACCCUGAUCUACGAGAGUCCAUUGCAGGAAGAGCCCGAGAGCAGUCCUCCGCCGAAGUUCCAGGAGACUUCGUUCCCAUACACGCCCGUCGAAGACGAUUCGGAGCGUUCGAAAGUACGUGUGUCGUUCUACCAGGGGGCACGACCGCAGUGUCUGUCUCCGCCUCCUACAGCGGAGCAGGACUCUUACAUUUUAUACCCCCCCCUGCUGUCCACAGUCAGCGACGAUAUGGCGGAUAACGCUGUGUACAACAGACAGAUUAGUACGGAGAGCGGAUGGGAUAAUCCGUUCCGUCCGGAUGGCGACUUGAGCCGUGAAGCGGACGAGAUAGUCUCGCUCAUCAAGGGCGGCAAGCCCAUCACUCCAACUCCACCGGUCGCGGCUCCACAGUUGCCGACUGACGAACACAAGGAGGAAAAGGCUGAAGCGAAUAAUGUUAACGCCAGUCUCCCUGCGUCUCCACAAACGAAAGUGGCAAGUCCGGUACUACAGACCACUCCGAAAGCAAUGAACGGAACAAAGAAUGGCGCGGCAGUGGUGGAGGCACGCGCCGGUCCGGUGGAAGUUCAGCGCUCUCCCCCACAGGAGCCUCAGCAGCCCGAACACGUGACCAUAAGGAAGAAGCCCAAGUGUAAGUGCUGUGCGAUACAGUAAGUUCACAAAACCUCACCGGUACUACCGCUACGCUUUCUGACGGUUCCCCGUCUCCCUCUCUCUCUCUUUCUCUCUCUCUCUCUCUCUCCCCCCUCUGUCGGUGUAUACUCGGUGCUAUUUCGUUUUCAUUCUACGUACGGGAAAAACGUAUCCGACGUUUCUACUAAUUACUGUGUUCAUUUUAAAUUAAUAUAUUAUGACAUCGCAGUCUGUUAUAGGCCCAUAUUUUUUAAAUGUUUUUUUUUCUCUUCUGAAAACGCAUUAAGUUAAGCUUGUAUUCGCAGCUUUUAAGCUGGCACUGUUAUUGCAGUUUUCAUUUUAUUGUUAUCGACAUAAAAAUGUUUUUUUUUUUUCUUUAAUUAUUAUUUUAAUUUAUAAUUUUAAAGUGCUAAGUUUAAUAAACAUUGUUUAGGGUACAAAACAAGAAAGUAUUUAUUUUUCUGCUAGUCUCAUGGAAAUUAUGUUGGAAUGUUAUUACGUUGGAGGAUUUUUUAAAAAUUAAAAACAUGCUAUUUUUUUUUGUCAUUGAUAAUUAAAAUAUAAUUUCAUUCAAAAGAAUCUCAGGAAAAUCACAAGAGCUUAUAAAGAGAGAUGGUUUUAAUUUGAUUUAUUGAAAUUAUGAUGAUUUCAAAUUAAUAAAAUCACAAGUAAAUAUGAUGCACAAUUCAGUGCUGAUUUGAUAUCAUUCGACAGGUUUUCAAACGUAAAAUAUCACAUUUUAAAGAGAUGUAACUUAUUUAAAAGAGUACUGUUUUUUUUAGAGUUAAAUCUGUGUUGAUUAAUAUUAAAGUGCAUUGUUAAGAGCUGUCGCAUUCGAUUGCUUUAGUUUGUAACAGAGUCAACAACAAACAUAGAUUAUAAUAUGUUUUAAUUUUUAACUAUAUUUACCAUAAACAUAGACUUUUAUAAUUGUUUAGUCUGUAACAGCUAUUUUUUUUUCUAUGAAUUAAAUCAGUACCUAUAUAUUUUGGUUGUCAUAAGAUUUCCGAAUUUGAAUGGUGGAGUCGAGUACUCUCUGGGUUAAGACAUUUCGGACAUGGAGUCGUCUGCGACUGCUCUGAAUGUAUAUUUUUAUACAUUUAUUUAUAUUAUAUAAUAAAAUAAAAUAAAAAUAGAAGUAUUAUAGAACGUACAGUGUGUUUAAACAUGAUAUCGAAAGACAACAGUGAAAAUAUUAGUGCAAAUUUUAAUUGAAUACUAUUGUUUUUUCAUGCUAAUUUUGAAUGCUGUCUAUUAAGAGAACCGUUAUGCAGCUGAUUAUCGUCAUAGUUUUAGAAUUCUGUUUUUAAUGUAAUAGUUUAAGGUAAAAACUAAUUAUUAUUAUUAUUAUUAUACUAAUAAAAUACAAAGUUGUAAUCGCAUUCAAGAAUAGCUAUGAAUAGAAAAUAUAAACAAUAUAAAUAAAAUAUUCGUUUAAUAUGUAUCGUGAGUAAAUUAUAAAUGACGUUAGUGUCAAAACUUAGUUUCCUAUACGUGCUUUCGUCCAGUAGUUCGACAAAAAUAUAAAUUUCAAUUUCAUCCUCCAUUACUGUUCGAAUCGGUUCGCAGCUGAGCCUACAAAAGUAUUUUCCGAUAGGGACAAAAUAAGACUGUAUUUAUUGCUUACUAUACAUACCGGGUUGCUAUAAGUGAGUGGCUAGCAAAGCGAUAAUGUUAUAUUUAGUACAUUAAUUACGUUGUAAUAAUUAUUGAUGGGACGUUUUUUUUUUGUUUUCGCGAACGGCUUCGGAGAUCACGACGUAACUUAAAUAAAAAAAAAAAAAAAAA